AUCAGGCGGCGCGGGCGCCGACCUGGUCCGUCGUGGAGCGACGCCGAUCGGAAGGUGAGAGCGGCGUGCUCCCGGUUCCCGGGCGCUGGGAGGAAGAUGGUUCUCCGGCGGCUGCUGGCCGUUCUGCUACACAGCCCGCAGCUGGUGGAGCGUCUGGCCGAGUCGUGGCCCAUCCGACGUGCGGCGCAGCUCACAGCCUUCGCCCUGCUGCAGGCCCAGCUACGCGGCCAGGACGCAGCCCGCCGCCUGCGGGAUCUCGCGGCUGGGCCUGCAGGGUCCUUGGGCCGCCGCGCUGAGCGAUUCAAGGACACCUUCACCCACGAGCUACGCCGCGGCCUUCGGGACCGCCCGGGGUCACCGCCAGAAUCAUCCAGAGCAGUGAGCACGGCUUCGAAUCCCGAAUCGGAUUGUUGGCCUGCGGACGUCCCAUGCGUAAGAACUUAGGCUAAAACGACAUCCCGGUUGAAGUCCUGUGAUUGGACAGCGCACAGUGUGGAGAAAGACCCCGAAGCCUGACAGAGGUAUAGACUGGACUUGGACACAGCAGGUACCGAGAACCACAGAACGAACCACAGCCAGAGAGAGAGCCUUCCCUCCGCAAAUGGGACUAAAACUCUUAGUGGAUGCAGCUGCAGCUGCGGUGCUGUCGCAGGACAAUUAACUCCAGGGAAGGUCAUGGAUAGAGAGAAGCCUGCAGCUGCCCAAAUCCUCUGAUUAAAUAUGUGAGCUAAGAA